CCCGGGCGGCGGCGGCCGCGGGGGCCGCGAUGGCGGCGACGGCGGCAGCCACGGGGCGGCGGCGGCUGCUGCGGGCGGCGGGGGCCGCGGCCGGGCGGGCGCGGGGCCGCGGCGGGCUUUAGGCGGCGGCGCCAUGGAGCGGCCCGGGAGCGCCGAGGGGGCCUGGGCCGCGCUGCUGGGCCGGCAGCACCCGCAGGCCCGGGAGUUCUGCCCGGGGGUGAACAACCGGCCCUACGUGUGCGAGACCGGGCACUGCUGCGGGGAGAGCGGCUGCUGCACCUACUACUACGAGCUGUGGUGGUUCUGGCUGCUCUGGACCAUCCUGAUCCUGCUGAGCUGCUGCUGCGCCUUCCGGCACCGCCGGGCCAAGCUGCGCCUGCAGCAGCAGCAGCGGCAGCGUGAGAUCAACCUCAUCGCCUACCACGGUGCCUGCCAGUACCCGCCCUCCUCGGGGGACCUCCGGCUGCUGGCCUCCUUCAAGCUCCCGGCGUACGAGGAGGUGGCGCAGCGCCCCGGGACGCCGCCGCCACCCUACAGCCCCGGGAGCCCCUCGCUGUCCCCCGGCUCCUCUGGGGGCUGCAGCUCCUGCUCCUGCGGCUGCUCCUGUGCCUCCUCCCCCAGCAGCUCCUCGCUCUCGGCCCCGGGCACCGACGAGACAGACCCGGAGCCGGGCCCGGGCAUGGGGGGUGGCAGUACCGGCCGUGACUAUGGCUCCAGCAGCACCGGCACCGGUGCCAGCUGGGACCUGCCCCUGCCCGAGGAGCCGCCAGCCCGCGGGGGCCCCCCCAAACAAGUGCCCCCGGACUUGUGUGAGGCCGAGGGCCACCCCUGCUCCAACACCGAGGGGGGUGAGGAUGGGGUGGGCAGAGCUGUGCUAGGGGGAUGCCCCGGGCGGCACCGGCGGCUCACAGGGGAUUCAGGCAUUGAGGUGGGCAGGGGCCUAGAGGAGGAGGAGGGUGAGCCUGAGGGCUGUGGGGGAGCAGGGGGUGGUGGGAGGCCCAGCUCAACUGUGCUGCCCAUCUGAGCCCCCCCACAGGACCCCCAGUUGGGGUCUGGACUUAUCACGGAGCCCCUGGGGGCCCCUUGCCCUGACCGACACCCACCUUGCAGUGUGGUGGGGUCCUGCUGGAGCCCCCUCCCCUCCAAACUGCUCCUGGGGCCUCCCCUGUGAUCCCAGUGCUGCUGCCUGGGGGCCCCAUCGCCUGGGGGGUGCCCAAGAUCAUGGGGGUGGGAGGUCCCGGCGCGUUCUCUCACCAUUAAAGAGAUGUGAAAGUAC